UUUUGCAUAAUACAUUUAUCCGGGAUGGAUCUUAUAUGUAUACUGAAAGCGUGGGAUGGAUGGUUAGUUUAAAAGAUCAGUGCGAGCGGCAGCGUUCAAACAUUCUGGUAAAAGCAUUACAAGAGGAACUAUGAUCGUUACGCUGUUUGCAGUCUUGGGUCUAUUUUCCUCGUUUGCGAGCUGUGACAUUACCAUAGAAGACGUAGAUGCCCGCAGAAUCAAAAGCAGACUUAUUGCGUUUGAGGCUCACUUGAGAGAUAAACAAGCAUUUUUCCCCUUCAACACGCCACUGAUUUUUCCCGUAUGUACAUUGAACGAGGGCAAAGGCUAUAAUGUGCACACUGGUGUAUUCACAGCACCUGUAGCUGGUCUCUAUACGUUUAAUGCGCAUGUCUGUAACAAACUAGGUGAUCAUAUGGUGUUUGCCAUUGUGAAGGGAAGCGAUCAAUUAGCAGUUUCGACUACCGGCUCUGGAUGUGGUUCUGCCAACACCAUCGUUAGGCUUAAGAGGGGAGAUGUUGUUAGGGUAGUGGCAAAAUGGACCAACAGCCACUUAUGGGCAAAUCUUAACCGUUGGAAUACUUUUACUGGCUACCUUGUAUACCCUUAGUUUAAGCUUUAAUUAAUUGUUUAAAGAAGUGCUAUGUGACUUUAAUGCAUAUACACAUUCCAUUUAAAACCAGUUUGUAAUCAGUAAAUCAAAACAAUUUAAUAAACUUAUUAGAAUAAACGCUUGGAGUGAUAAAUUACAAAGAAACAUUUAAGACCUAUAUUCAUUACAUGGAUAUUUUAUAGAAUUAAUGAACAAAAGAAAUGUAUAUAGUUGUAUAUUCAUUAAAGAUUUAGAAAAUUUAUAGAUCGAAAACUUUUACAUUUUAAAUCCAUAAUUACGUAUGCAAUAAGUACACAAAAAUACAGUUAUAUUCGACUUUAUAAAAAAACCUACACUUUAAAUGUUUCGACAUAAUUCGCAUGCAAGGAAAGAAACUAUCACAGCAAAAGAAUAAAAUUAAUCAAUAACUUAUAAGUGAUAAACGAUAAAAAAUUACACGAUUGAAUGUGUUAAUUUGAUAUUCCUUUUUUACUAUUUCCAGUUUUUUGAAAGUGUCUUUUUUACUAUUGUACUUAUAUAAUUACUCAGAAUCUUAAUAAACAGAUUUCG